UAUUAUCUGUUCCGCCCGUGUGAAACACUUCCAAACGGGCUUAUAAAUACAGACACGGUAACCCGGCGUCACCUCGGCGACACAGCAGCAGCAGCAUAAAAAUGGAGGCUACCGCCGCAGCUGCCACAGCCAAGCCCCUUCUCCACACGCUCACCUUCUCACGUGCAACGGUCACGAACCGUGUGUUCGCGACCGUCUACACGUGCGCAGUCCUCGCUCUUCUCUAUCACCAUGCACUCACAGCCCUCAACUCCACCACCUUCCUCUCCUUCUCUCUCUCCCUCACCUUUCUGUUCGCCGACUUCGUCUUCGGCUUCAUGUGGUCCACCACCCAGAGCUUCCGCAUGAGGCCGGCCCACCGCCGCGUCUUCCCGGAAAACCUCCGGAAACUGACGAGGGAGGAGGAUUUCCCGGCCAUGGACGUGUUCAUAUGCACGGCGGAUCCUCACAAGGAGCCACCGGUGAGCGUGGUGAACACUGCUUUGUCUGUGAUGGCGUACGACUACCCGGCGGAGAAGCUGUCUGUUUACGUGUCGGACGACGGCGGGUCGGAUUUGACCCUGUUUGCUUUCGUGGAGGCUGCCAAGUUCGGGAGCCACUGGUUGCCCUUUUGCCGGAGGAACAAAGUAGUGGAGAGAUGUCCCGAGGCUUAUUUCGGAUCGAAUUACCCGCAGUCCAAUGAAUCAAAGCAAAUGAAGGUGAUGUACGAAAGCAUGAAGGGACGGGUGGAGAACGUGGUCAAUUCAGGAAAGGUUACCGAUGACUACAUCAGUAACGAACAAGAACGCCAAGCUUUUAACAAAUGGACUCGAGGCUUUACCCGUCAUGAUCAUCCCACCGUUAUCCAGGUUCUAUCGGAGGUAGGUAAAGACAAAGACAUCACAGGCGAAUCAAUGCCCAAUCUUAUCUAUGUUUCCCGACAGAAAAGCAGAAACUCGCCACAUCACUUUAAGGGCGGUGCUCUUAAUGCCCUGCUUCGAGUAUCAGCCGUCAUGACUAAUGCACCUAUAAUCCUGACUCUGGAUUGCGACAUGUACUCAAACGAUCCCCAAACACCUCAUCGUGUACUAUGUUACUUCUCCGACGCCACAAUUCGCUCGAAAGUAGGAUACAUUCAAUUUCCGCAGCGCUUCCAUGGACUUAAUAAGAACGAUAUCUAUGCUUCUGAGUUUAAAGGUUUAUUCCUAAUUAAUCCAAUGGGAAUGGACGGUCUGGCAGGCCCCAAUUAUGUUGGGACUGGAUGCUUUUUCUCUCGCCGAGUUUUCUUCGGAGGUCCCUCGUCCUUCGUGUCACCCGAAGUACCUGAGUUGAGGCCCGACCAUGUUGUAAAAGAGCCCAUUCAGGCUCAAUCAAUAUUGGCUAUGGCACACCAUGUAGCAGAUUGCAAGUACGAGGACCAGAGCAAUUGGGGUUCCAAGGUGGGCUUCAGAUAUGGGUCUUUAGUUGAGGACUACUAUACGGGUUACCGGCUGCAGUGUGAGGGAUGGCGGUCCGUGUUUUGCCAUCCCAAUAGGCCUGCAUUUUUAGGGGAUGUACCGAUCAACCUCAACGAUGUCCUAAAUCAAAACAAGCGAUGGUCCGUCGGCCUUCUUGAGGUGGCCUUCUCCAAAUACAGUCCAGUAACGUUUGGUGUCCGGGCUAUGGGCCCAAUAAUGGGUCAUUGCUAUGCACACUCUGCUUUUUGGCCCAUUUGGUCCAUUCCACUCACCAUUUAUGCCUUCCUCCCUCAGCUGGCUCUCCUCAAUGGAGUCUCCAUUUUCCCAAAGGUAUCGGAUACUUGGUUUUUCUUGUAUGCAUUUCUAUUUCUUGGGGCCUACGCACAAGAUUGUCUUGACUUCAUUUUAUGCGAAGGGACAUUCCGAAGGUGGUGGAGCGAUCAAAGGAUGUGGAUGCUACGGGGAGUCACAUCUUACCUUUUCGGAUUGAUUGAAUUCUUAACCAAGUGCUUAGGCAUUGCCACACACGGGUUCAACCUCACGAGCAAAGUGCUAGACGGCGAACAGAGCAAGAGGUACGAUCAGGGGACCUUUGAGUUUGGAGUCGAAUCCCCCAUGUUUGUGCCACUGUCAACCGCGGCAAUAGUCAAUCUAAUCGCGUUUUUCGGAGGGUUGGUUAGAGUUUUCAGGGGAGGAGAUUUCGAUGGGUUGUUUGUCCAGAUUUUUCUAGCUGGUUUUGUGGUGGUCAAUUGCUGGCCAAUUUAUGAAGCCAUGGUUUUGAGGACUGAUAAAGGGAGAAUGCCUACGAAGACUACCCUCAUUUCCACAUUUCUUGCUUGGGCUUUAUACACAGCAGCUUCUCACACACCACAUAUAUGAAGGUUGGUGCCUGUGGGGAUAAUUAUUACUGCUAUUCCACUUUUCUUUUCAAAGAAUAAGAAAGAAACUAGUCUCUGUAUGCAUUAUUAUUCAAGUGUUUAAGCUGAAUAACAACGGCAUGGCUUCUUUCGACUUCCGUUUAUGCAUAUUUUCCAAAAUAGCAGAAGUUUAAAACGAUAAUUUCCAUCUCCAUAUCCAUGUAACGAAACGAUGUAGCGAGUGAUGUUUCAGAAAUUAUAAGCUCCGACAGGAGGUACUUAUGUAGUUUGAAAUGAAAGGACCACAACAUUCCACCUCA